GCGGGAUCCCGGCGCUGGAGUCGCCUCCGUCAGUAGCUGCCACACAGCGGAGGAGAAGCCAGAGGAUCAGAUCGCAGGGGCACACGGAGUCGCGACGCUGAGGAGCCAACAUGGUCCCACUGCUGGCGCUGCUGGCGCUGUCCUGGGCGCCCCCAGGAACCGGGACUGGGACUGUCAUCGUCCAGGCACCUGCGCAGGUGAGCGGCUUCCUGGGCAACUCUCUGAUACUGCCGUGCCUCCUGAAGUCCUCGGAGCCCAAUGUGCAGGUGACGCAAGUGACCUGGAUGCGGCGGGACCCCGACGGCGACUUCCACAGCGUGGCGGUCUUCCACCCGCAGCGGGGCGCCAGCCUCGCGGAGCCCGAGCGCGUGGAGUUCGUGGGCGUGGCCGCGGAUGUGCUGAACGCCUCGCUGAGGGUGUCGCCGCUGCGCGUGGAGGACGAAACCAGCUACACCUGCCAGUACGCCACCUUCCCCAGGGGCAGCAGGAAGGCGGAGACCCGGCUCCGAGUGCUCGUCAGGCCCAAUAGCACAGUGGAGGCCAAGGAGGUCACCCUCCCGCCACCCGCCGGGCAACCCGUGCCCAUGGCCUGCUGCACCUCCACACGGGGCCGCCCGCCCGCCAGACUCUCCUGGUCCUCGCUCCUCGGCGGCUCAGCCAACAGCACCCUGGUGCCCGAGCCAGCGUCCGGCACCUACACCGUCAUCAGCAUCUUCACGCUGGUGCCCUCCAGCAAGGCAGAUGGCAGGAACGUCACCUGCAGAGUGGAGCACGAGAGCCUGGAGGAGCCCGUCCUGCUGCCAGUGACCCUCACUGUGCACUACCCCCCCGAGGUCUCCAUCUCUGGCUAUGAUGGCAACUGGUACGUGGGUCAAAGAAAUGUCACCCUGAACUGUGAGGCACGCGGCAACCCGGAGCCCACAGGCUAUGGCUGGAACACGACCACAGGUUCCUUGCCAUCCUUUGCUGUGGCCCAGGGUACCCAGCUCCUUAUCUCCACCGUGGACCUGUCCAUCAACACGACGACCUUCAUCUGCCACGUCACCAACACCCUAGGGACGAGCCAGAAGGAACAGACCAUCCUAGUCAAAGACCCAGAGGUGCCUCAUCAGAGCCACGGCGUCAACAUCACCAUCGGCGUCGCCCUGUCUCUGGUGGUCGCCAUUGCUGCGGUCCUGCUGGGGGUGUUCUUCUGUCACAGGCAGCGCAGACGCUCUGGUUGUGCCUGUUGCAGACCAUCAGUGAACCAGAAAGUCUCCUACUCAGGGGUGGACGUCCAGAUCAACGAUCCCCUGGAUGAGCCAGCAGAAAGCAGAAGGUGACCACGUCGGGAUGGAGCAGAGGGACAGAACUGCUUAGGCUGGGAGCCUCGCUGACUGGACCCCAAUCCUACAGAUGAAGACCCCCCCGGACAGGCCGGCCUCCCCAUGCGAACCUCAAGAUGGGCCUCCGCCUCACCGCACAGUGGGCGGGCGCAGGUUUGGGAGCCCCCGGACCUCUUUCUGGGUUCCGCCACUUGCAACAAGAAUCCACAGAGCUCAGGGAAGCCUGUGGCCUCACUCAGGAACGCCGACCUGCUCACCUUGACAGUUUACCUUCAGCCAAGAGAGCAGAAGCGCAGAGCAGCCUCGAGGGGAGGCCGGCGGGGGCCAGCCUCCUGCUGCCUCUCCCAGGGGCUCCGGGGACAGCACUGAAUGCCCCCAGCACUGAUCUGACCACCAGCCAGGGAAGCUCACCAGCAACCCUAGUGUCCCGCCUUUUUUGCAGGGGGGUGCGGGGGGCCACUGAGCCACAUCCCCAGCCCUGUUUCGUAUUUUAUUUAGAGACAGGGUCUCACUGAGUUGCUUAGGGCCUCACUUUUGCUGAGGCUGACUUUGAACUCGCAAUCCUCCUGCCUCAGCCUCCCGAGCCGCUGGGAUGACAGGUGUGGGCCACCGCGCCUGGCACAUCCCGGCAGUUUCCUGGGGCAAGUCACACGGAUGCUGCGGAUCAUCUGUGCUACUGACCCAUCUGUAGCAUCUCCAAAGGUCAAGCCAUUAUGGUGGCCCAAGGGCCUCACCUGGCUCACGCCAUUACUGGAAACCCCUCCCCUCCAGAUCUUUAGGUAAACUGGCAGGCAGCGUGUCCCAUGGACUCAGGUGACUUUGCGGGGUCCAGGGACGAAAGGCCAGCUCUCUUUGGGCAGGGUUGGCCUUUCACUGCACGAAGGAUAAUCCAGAAUGUGCCGGCUGCCAGGAAGCUUGGCCUCCGGCAGUGGACUCCCAAAUGUCUGCGACCGAUAGAUCUGUGUGCUCACAAGUGGCAGCCCCUGAGCCCCGUCGCCAGAAGGGAACCAGACGCCAGAGCUCAGCUGCCCAGGGUUGUUCGAGGACCCGGAAUGACAAGUGACGAGUGUGAGCUUGCAGGAGGCUGUGAGCUCCAGCGACCUGCUGCCAAGACCCAGGUCCCCGGGCAGCAUCUGCAGCCACCCCACGACUCCCGGGAGGUGACCCCGCAAGGCCAGGCCCUGCGCCCUGCUGCUGUGCCACCUCACAAGGCAGAGCCUGCUGCUCAGACACACUGGAACCUUUCAAGUUGAUUUUGAAAGGCCUCUGGGAGGCGGGUGCCCAGCGUGCCCGAGGCCCUGGGAUCCGCACCCAGCACCUCCAAAAAACCCCUAGGAUCCGGUCUGCAAGAGGGAACUCAGCAGGGAUCAGGGCAGGGAGUGGGCAGCAGUGAGGGACCCCCGAGAGGACCGGGCGGGUCCAUGUCCUUGGGGAGACGAGGGGAGGGUUGGUUUGCCAGAAGAGCCUCUAGUUAUUUAUUUAAAUAAAUAAAGCUAUUUAUUUAGACCUCCAAUAACUAUGUGCCAGGGGGUCUUUUUAA